AUACGAAAGCAGUGACGUUCUAAAUUGGUUAAUUAUCCGGUUGUAAAUUACUAUCAAAUUAACCCGACAGCAAUUUACGUCAAGUUAACAAUAUCCGUAGUGUAAUAUGAUACUAUAAAUUUAAAAAUCUACGUAGUAUUACUGAUACUGAUUUAAAAAUGGAACUACCAUCUAGUGAAACGAUUAUUAAACCUGUAACAACAAUUAGUGAAACUUUGACUAAACCUGUGCCUAAACCGUUUUCUAUCGAGGCUUUAAUGAGUGACAGUGGGCCUAAAAGAAGUACGAAUAUUGCUUGGAAUUUAGCGCUACCGCAACAUUAUCAGUUGAACAAUAGAGACACAGACUCCGAUGGAAGUUUGGACAUGGAUCUUGCUCAAGACUUAUCUAGAAGAAGCCAAAAAGAAGGUUCAGAUCUGGAGGAUGAAACAGAGGAAGCCCAAAACCUUGACAGCUCCUGCGAAGGACCUGGUUCAACGAAAGCUCGUCGCCGCCGUACAGCGUUUACUAGUGAACAACUACUCGAACUCGAGCGAGAAUUUCACGCAAAAAAAUACCUCUCUUUAACAGAACGCAGUCAAAUAGCGUCGGCCUUACGUCUUAGCGAAGUUCAAGUAAAAAUUUGGUUCCAAAAUCGUAGAGCAAAGUGGAAACGAGUAAAGGCGGGUUUAGGUGCGGGACCUCAUCAACCAAAAACAGGCCAACAAAAGAGUAAACUAGUAGUGCCAAUCCCCGUUCACGUUAAUAGGUUUGCUGUCAGGAGUCAACAUCAACAGCUGGAGAGAGCCCUUGGAGAUUUAGCUGGGAGAGUUCUGGCUAGUCACGCUGCACUACGAGCUGGCUUAGAUUUGCAUGGUUAUCAUCCCUCGGCUCCACCGCAUUGAACCGAAAAAAUACCUUUUGAAUGACAUUUGUGAUGAAUACAUAUUGUAUAGUGACUGCUAUGGAGAGCAAUACUGAACUGUGAAUUAUUUUAUAUGGUGCAUAUUUUUAUUAAUAAUACAUUCACUGUUCAAACUUCAGUCAUGUUAUAAGAAAUAAUGUGCAAUAGAUAUAGUUUUAGUAAUUCGAGAGAUUUCGAUUGAAACAUCAUUUCUUAUUAAAACACUGUAAAAAUUAAAGAUAUGUUACU